AUGCCCCUGUUCUUCUCUCACCAUUUGCCUGUAUCUUCUCAUUCACUCCCUUAUUCCUUCCAAUCCAAAAUUAGCCAUUAUCUUAUGCACUUGUUCUUCUCUCACCAUUUGUCUGUAUCUUCUCAUUCACUCCCUUAUUCCUUCCAAUCCAAGAUUAGCCAUUAUCUUAUGCCCUGUUCUUCUCUCACCAUUUGCCUGUAUCUUCUCAUUCACUUCCUUAUUCCUUCCAAUCCAAAAUUAGCCAUUAUCUUAUGCCCCUGUUCUUCUCUCACCAUUUGUCUGUAUCUUCUCAUUCACUCCCUUUAUUCCUUCCAAUCCAAAAUUAGCCAUUAUCUUAUGCCCUGUUCUUCUCUCACCAUUUGUCUGUAUCUUCUCAUUCACUUCCUUAUUCCUUCCAAUCCAAGAUUAGCCAUUAUCUUAUGCCCCUGUUCUUCUCUCACCAUUUUGCCUGUAUCUUCUCAUUCACUCCUUAUUCCUUCCAAUCCAAAAUUAGCCAUUAUCUUAUGCACUUGUUCUUCUCUCACCAUUUGUCUGUAUCUUCUCAUUCACUCCCUUAUUCCUUCCAAUCCAAGAUUAGCCAUUAUCUUAUGCUCCUGUUCUUCUCUCACCAUUUGCCUGUAUCUUCUCAUUCACUUCCUUAUUCCUUCCAAUCCAAAAUUAGCCAUUAUCUUAUGCCCCUGUUCUUCUCUCACCAUUUGUCUGUAUCUUCUCAUUCACUCCCUUAUUCCUUCCAAUCCAAAAUUAGCCAUUAUCUUAUGCUCCUGUUCUUCUCUCACCAUUUGUCUGUAUCUUCUCAUUCACUUCCUUAUUCCUUCCAAUCCAAGAUUAGCCAUUAUCUUAUGCCCCUGUUCUUCUCUCACCAUUUGCCUGUAUCUUCUCAUUCACUUCCUUAUUCCUUCCAAUCCAAGAUUAGCCAUUAUCUUAUGCUCCUGUUCUUCUCUCACCAUUUGCCUGUAUCUUCUCAUUCACUCCCUUAUUCCUUCCAAUCCAAAAUUAGCCAUUAUCUUAUGCCCCUGUUCUUCUCUCACCAUUUGCCUGUAUCUUCUCAUUCACUUCCUUAUUCCUUCCAAUCCAAGAUUAGCCAUUAUCUUAUGCCCCUGUUCUUCUCUCACCAUUUGCCUGUAUCUUCUCAUUCACUCCUUAUUCCUUCCAAUCCAAGAUUAG